GGGGAUGGUUUGUUAACAAGAUUCUUUCUUCCCCAUCCUUUCUUCCCAUUGGAUGUUUGUGAAACACAAAAAUUAUUAGAGAAAAAGAUUGAGAAAGAAAGAAGGAAAAAGAAACUUCAUAAUCUACCACCAAAAUGGUGGUCCAUUCCUUCUUCUUGUAUUGACCUGAACCCUCUCUUCAUCACUCCUGUAUUCUUAUCUCACUCUCCCUUUCUUCUCACUAUUCAAAUUACACAACUUGAGCAAUCACCAUAAUCAUCUCUUCAUACUAAACACUGAGGUAUUAGUUUUACUAAUGGAAAGUGCAGUGAAAGGAGAAUGGAGUAGAGAAGAAGAGAAAGCAUUUGAAAAUGCAAUUGCAAAGACACAUAAUACAAUGGAUGAACAACAAUACUGGGAAAAGAUAAGCUCGAUGGUGCAAAGUAAAAGUAUGGAAGAAUUGAAGCAGCACUAUGGAGUACUGGUCCAAGAUAUUAAUGCAAUUGAGGCUGGGUUAGUAUCGCUUCCUCGAUAUCUAGGCGAGGAAGAAGAGACUAACAUGGAUAAACAAACUUCAUCGGCAUCUGAUAGAAAAAAAAUAGGUAGUACUUCUGGUUUUAAUACCAGUAGAAGCAGUUAUUUUCCAGUUGGAAUGAUUGGUAACAAUGACUUAGAAGGAAAACAACAAGCGUUGGUAAGAAGUGGAAGUGGAUCCAAAUCAAACCAACUAGAGAAGCGCAAAGGAAUUCCAUGGACUGAAGAAGAGCACAGGUUAUUCCUGCUGGGGCUAGACAAGUGUGGGAAAGGGGAUUGGAGAAGUAUAUCGAGAAACUUUGUAAUCUCAAGGACUCCAACACAAGUGGCUAGUCAUGCACAGAAAUAUUUCAUUCGAUUGAACUCGAUGAAUAGAGAUAGGAGAAGAACGAGCAUACAUGACAUCACAAACCUGAACAACGGUGUCGCUGCGACGCCUCAAGGUCCAAUUACAGGAGAACAAACUAACACAACCACAUCAUCAACACCAAACAGUUACAUUGGGCCAUCUUUUAAGCAUCACCGAUCAUCACAUUCACCUGCAAUGCCUGCUUUGGCAAUGCCGAGAAUGGCUUCCGCACCAGGCCAAAUAAUCUCCGCUAUUGGCACUCCAGUUACCAUACCUCCUCCGGGGCAUCACUAUCCACCACCAUAUACCCAUAUGGCUUAUCCGGUGGUGCCUGCAGCAAUGCAUCAGUAGGAGCUCCUCUGAUCCUCGAUGUUUUCACUUGAAAGAAGGAAAUUUGUUUAUAUAAUAAGGGAAAUUUGAUCCAUCAGAGAAAUGUAACUUAUAAAACUGAUUCUACAUCAGGUACCUUUCAGUUAUAAUUAUAUUAGGAAUCUCUACUUCUCAUGUCGUAAUAAUACUAUUAAAAUGCCAUGCUAAGAGGUUUUAGCUGUUCUGUUUU